CUAAGGAUAGAUCACUCAUCAGCACUGCGCCCUCUUUCUCUCAGUAUCUCACACCCACACAUACAAUGUCAAAUGUUUUGCUGAUCAUAUUUCUGGCUCUGCUCUUUCUGUCUAUAAUGCCACAGAAUUCAGAUGGGGAGCUUGAGCAAUGGUGUGUAGCCGAUGUACAGACCCCAGAUAAGGAGUUGCAGGUGGCCUUGGAUUGGGCUUGUGGGAAAGGAGGUGCAAAUUGUAGUAAGAUUCAGGUGAACCAACCUUGCUAUUUCCCUAACACCGUAAAAGACCAUGCUUCCUAUGCCUUCAAUAACUACUUUCAGAAUUUCAAGCACAAAGGUGGAUCUUGCUACUUCAAGGGUGCUGCCAUGAUCACAGAACUUGACCCAAGUCAUAACUCUUGCCUCUACGAGUAUUUUCCUUGAUUCAAAAGAAAAUCAAUAUUUGAAAUGCCUAUACUUAAGUAACGAUUUGAGAGGAUUUUCUUGUUUCUAGAUUUUCCCAUGUACCACUACAGUGCGUUUGAUUUUCCUUAAUGGAAGCAAACUCAAAAGGCAAAAAAAGAAAAAAAAAAAAAAGCGAGAUUGAAAUCAAUUUGUAUUCUGUUUAUCUCAAAAAAUUGAAUUGAGGGCAUGAUUUUAGCAGUGAUUUUCCA